AUGCCAAUUAAACCAAAGGCUUCGAAUGGACAUAGGUUUAUUUUAGUAGUCAUUGAUUAUUUCAUGAAGUGGGUGAAAGCAGCGAAUUUUAAGUUGGUGACCAAGAAAGUAGUGAUUGAUUUUAUUCACUUCCAUAUUAUUUGUCGGUUCGGCAUUCUAAAGAUAAUUGUCACUGAUAAUGCUGUAAAUCUCAAUAGUUAUUUGAUGCAAGAAGUGUUCCAACAAUUUAAGAUUAUGUAUAAAAAUUCUACUCCUUAUCGCCCAAAGGCAAAUGGGGCUGUAGAAGUUGCCAACAAGAACUUAAAGAAAAUACUUCGCAAGAUGGUGCAGGUUUGGACUUCAAUUGGUGCAACUCCUUACUUAUUGGUGUACAAAACCGAAGCAGUUAUAUCUGUGGAGAUUGAAAUUCCAUCUCUUCGAGUAGUUGUAGAAGCUUAA